AGCUGUUCUAGAUCUCUUGGUCAGCGCCAUGGGGCGGCUGGAUGGGAAGAUCAUCCUGUUGUCUGCAGCAGCACAGGGCAUUGGCCGAGCAGCUGCUAUUGCUUUUGCUAAAGAAGGAGCCAAAGUCAUUGCUACAGACAUCAAUGAGUCUAAACUGCAAGAACUGGGGAAAUAUCCAGGCAUUCAGAUACGGGUUCUGGAUGUCACCAAAAAGGAGCAGAUAGAAAAUCUGGCCAAGGAGAUUGAAAAGAUUGAUGUCCUCUGUAACAUUGCAGGGUUUGUUCAUCAUGGAACCAUUCUGGAGUGUGAGGAGCAAGACUGGGACUUCACAAUGAACCUCAAUGUUCGCAGCAUGUACCUGAUGAUCAAGACAUUCCUCCCCAAGAUGCUUAAACAGAAAUCUGGAAAUAUUAUAAAUAUGUCUUCUGUGGCAUCCAGCAUCAAAGGAGUUGUGAACAGGUGUGCCUACAGUACCUCAAAGGCAGCAGUUAUUGGGCUGACAAAGGCUGUGGCUGCUGAUUUCAUUGAGCAAGGCAUCAGAUGCAACUGUGUGUGUCCUGGAACUGUUGACACACCAUCUUUACAGGAAAGAAUCCAAGCCCGGCCUAACCCAGAACAGGCACUGAAGGACUUUCUGGCCAGACAGAAGACUGGCAGGAUGGCUACUGCGGAAGAAGUGGCCCAUCUCUGUGUGUACCUGGCCUCUGAUGAAUCUGCCUAUGUGACUGGUAAUGAGCUAAUCAUCGAUGGAGGAUGGAGCUUGUGAUUGACUCUACCUGCAAAUGGAAAUUCAUGCUAUGAUGGGCAAAAAAUGAGAUGGUGUUUCUUGCAAAGAUUGAGAUCAUGCAUGUGAUGUCUUUCCAAACAAAUUUGCUAUUUCUAGAUUGAUCUUACUGAUUAACUUUUCCUUAAAUAGAGAAAUAGUGGAGUAAAACAUACUUCAUGUGGCUUCAAUUUAUGGCAGCUCCAAAAACAUGAAAGAACAGCAGUUUAAUGUUUAAGAUUUCAGGAGGCCAAAAAUACUAUUCAAGUUACAAAAUCUGAGUUGUGUUUUAAGUAAAAUCUGAGUUAAAGGAAUUAACUAUUAUAUUUAGUCUCAUCUUACUAGGUAUUUGGAAAUUAAAUACACGUAUUUGGAAAUUAAAUAAUCACAAUUAAAUACCCACAAGAACAACUAUGCAAGGGCAAUACUCUAGCAGGUAUGGAUGGGGGUAUAUGUGAGAGGAGUAUUCUUAAAUAUAUGGGUGGAUUUUCAUGAAUAUGCUUGACUUGAAGCACAAAAGCAAAAGGAGUGGAUUUUACCACUCUAGAUAGAGCCAAUUGUCCUGGGGUGACGUUAUGAUGCUUGUAUCCCCACUCAUCUGUUCUGUGCCUUUAAGACUGGCUCUGAAGAGUGGAAGUUUUGUUUGGGUUUCCCUCAUCAGGGACACAGAGACGAGCCAAUACAUAGGGCUGUUUUUUUCACUUCUUGCUUCAGCUAGCUGCUUUGCUUGCUCCCUUUUCUGCUCUUGCUUCUGCUCUGCUUUGGCCUCUGCUUAUUAGCUAGUUCUAGGUAAACAGUCCACAUCCCUUCCUGGACUGUUUCUCUGCUCCUGUUUCUGUGACCAUCUCGAACCUGCUCCGGACUGGGGCCUGGGAAGCACCGAGGGUUUGCACCGUUCGGCUGCAGCAGCUGCCCCAGUGCCGGAGGGACUGAGAA